CCUAUAAAAGCCAUUCAUAGUAGUCGACGGAAAGCAUCGAUCCCCAACAACCCUCAUUUCAACGGAGAAAAGCGAGCAGUAAACUUCUUCUGGCUGUUGGAAAUGAAAAUGGCAGGUUUUAGCCACCCUCUACUGGUAGCUCUGUCUGUAUUUGCAUUAGUAGCAUUCAAUCCAAGCUCAGUUGAUGCUAAGUUCGCAAAGAGUACUUACUUCACCUGGGGCGCGCACCAUGCCUCAAUGUCGAGCAAUGGGGAAGACCUCCAGCUGGUGUUGGACAAAACAUCAGGCUCUGCGAUCCAGUCGAAGAGGGCGUUCUUGUUUGGCAGCAUUGAAAUGUUGAUCAAGCUGGUGCCUGGGAACUCUGCAGGAACAGUUACUGCAUAUUACGUAUCCUCCACGGGAGAUAGACACGAUGAGAUUGACUUUGAGUUUCUUGGAAAUGUGUCUGGGCAACCCUACAUCAUCCACACUAACGUCUACGUACAAGGAAAUGGAAGCAGGGAACAGCAGUUCUACCCGUGGUUUGACCCAACUGCUGACUAUCACAACUACACCAUCCACUGGAACCCUACCGCCAUUGUGUGGUAUGUGGACAGCAUACCAAUCAGAGUUUACCGCAACUACGAGAGCCAGGGGGUUCCUUACCCAAACAAACAAGGAAUGAAAGUUUACUCCAGCCUUUGGAAUGCUGAUAACUGGGCAACCAGAGGCGGCUUGGAGAAGAUUGACUGGAAUUCUGCUCCCUUCAUAGCCAGGUACCGCAAUUUCAGGGCCAGGGCUUGCAAGUGGAAUGGACCUCCCAGCAUCACUGAAUGUGCUGUCAGUACCCCUGGUAACUGGUGGACAUCUCCUGCAUACAAACAGCUGAGCUUCGCCAAACAAGGGCAGAUGAAAUGGGUGAGAGAUAACCACAUGAUCUACGACUACUGCAAAGAUUCCAAGCGAUUCAACGGCAACAUGCCCUCAGAAUGCUUCAAGCCACAAUUAUAA